AUGCCACGUAUGUACUUCUCCGGUGAAGACAGCAAUGAUAUUACAUUCGAUGAACCUACCAUGGAUCGUCUUGUGGUAGACUCAACAUUAUUUGCUAGGGUCCAGAACGAUGAAGAACAAAAUGUUAGGGUCUUUUUGGAUACCCGCUUGUUAAAGAUUCGAAGUAUAGAAGAUUUAGUAGAGCAUGCUCCAGAGAAAUUCGUGAGCAAGAAUCAUGCAUCCAUAGGCGUAGGAGUGGCACCUGAUUUAUCGGCACUAGCCUAUAUUACUGAUGCAAUGAUUAAUGCUGAAUUCAGAGAGAUGAGUAGUGAGGAAUUUAAAAGUAGCUAUCUUGCUCCUCUUGACACUGCUAUGAGAGGGCAGAAGUAUCGCAUAAAACCCUUAGCCGCCCUAUAUAUUUAUCCACUGGGAAAUCCUCAGCGUGUGGAGAAUCAUAUCCAAAAGUAUUUUAGCCAUACAAUAUGCGGGCCAAUAGAGAGCCUUUACCAGGAUAUUUGUGGUAAAAGCCACUGUUUUGACAGUGGUUCAUAUUUAAGACCUCCUUUGAAUAAAGAUAUAGUUAUAGAGCCCGAUAUUAUCCAUUUCGCUGAAUACGAAUCAAGAGAUGGGCAUUUUCCUGAAAUUUGUUUCGGGUUAGGUGAUUACAAAACAGAAAAUUACCAUUUAUCGCAAGGAUUUGAGGAAUUUAAGGUAGCUAUAGAGAACUUCAGACGAAUGAAUCGACAGACAGAAUAUUUAUUUCAAGACACACAUUGGAAUCCUAGCAUGUUAUUUGCUUUAGUUCUAAGUAAAUAUUUUUACGAUGCUUUCCUCUGUGGCACAAAUAGAGUUCUAAUCUCAAAUCAUCAAUCAUUUUCAGGGUUUUUUAAAUAUGAUAUUGUUGAAGGUCAAAUGGCCGUAGAUUACUAUAUCAUUAGUGAUCCAGAAACUGUUGCACAUGGAAUUACUUUAAGGUCGGCAAUGGCUGGCUUUUUCUACCAAACAGAGGAUGAUGCAAUUGAGACUCAAAACAGGUUAAAAGAAUCUCUUAGUAUAGCGCACACGGCCAAGAAGAUGGACCCGUUACACGUCGUGCGUCCUAAAUCUCUAAGAGACUCUUCGAGAAGAUCAUUUGAUACAAUGACUGAAGAAGCUGAUAAGGAAAACGUCCAUGAAAUCCAGGACAAAAUGUAUGGCAACACAUAUUGUCGAGUAAUUUCCGAUUCUGCAAAAUGUUAUCCUAGUUUGUCAGUGCAGCUCCCAUACACAGUGUUUGUCAAAUUGUACUACUACUCUAGUCGGUUAUGGAGACAGAAUGAUUUGACAUGUUUUAGUAUUCCUGAUAGAAAAAGUUACUAUGAUAUGUUCUUCAAUGAAGUUGUAAUUAAUGAAGAAAUUGCAAAAUCACAGUUUGCUACGAAUUUUCCUAAGCUUUUUGCUUCAGGGUAUUGGAAUGGGCUUACUGACCAUCCAAUGCAUAUAUUUGAAUAUUUAGGAAAAGAAAUACCAAGGGAAAAGUGGGACGAGAAAAAGAUUUAUAAGGUUAUUAGAUUAAGGCUCAAGGAACUUCAUCUGUUGAGAAUCUCGCAUAAUGACAUACGGAGGAGCAACAUUCAUGUUUCAGAAUCAGGUAAAAUUACCUUAAUUGACUUUGGAUUAUCGAAGUUUCCAUGCAGUGAAGCAGGUAAACAGGAUGACCUUGAGUCACUUGAUAGCAUAUUUGGGGUGAGUAGAUCUACGAGUAAGAAAGAAGAGGGAGAGCAAGUCAAUCCAGAUAUAUCCCAAGUUGCAGUUAAUGACAAAGCUGAAACUGAUCAUAAUGAUGAAGGGGAUGCAAAUUCUUCCUCUGAGGUUGACCUUGCUGAAAUGAGUUUCGAGUCACACGAUUCGAAAACUACAACUACAACGAAGUAG